UUUGUCCCUGUCCCACAGUCGCAUCGUCAUUAUAAACUUAAUUACUUAAAUGUUAAUUUGUUGGUUUGGUUUGGUCUGGUGAUGGAGAUAUUCGCCACUGGUCCACUGGAGACUGACACUGGGUGCUGACCGAGAUCCCAUCCCUGUGUAUAUUAAAGGAUCUACUAUUAAAAUAUGGCACUCACCCUUCUUUCAGAAAAACAUGAAAACUAAAAAAAUGUGUUGAAACCAGGAAAAAACAGAAAUAUUUAAAUACUCCUAUUUUGUGGGUGCACCGGUUACUUGUAAGGGAAAGCGAAGGAAGAAGUUGCAUUGGCCAGUUAUUUCUGUCCCGCUUGUUACCGUAGUGGUAAGGAGAUAUGGACCGCAACAGCAUUCAUAGUGGUCCUAGCUAUAUUGAUUUAUCGUCGUCUGAAGAAGAUGAUGAUGAGGAAUUCUCACUGGCCGAGAGUUCAGAGACUGACUGCGAAGAUGAUGACCCUCAUCAAUUUCGAGAAAGAGACGGCCAAGGAUUACAUAGUGUUGGCCAAUUUUCUGAAAAAGUGGGCAAUUUUAGAGAUGACUUGAUUAAAUGUCGCCAACAAAAUUGGGCCAAGAAACUCCUGCAACGAGAAUACAUGGGUAACCUACGGUUUUGUCGAGACACAAAGCCAUUACUAUCUGCAGUGCCAAAAAGAUUGAGAUUUUGUUUUAAAGAUUUGGUUCCAGUGAAUUUUUUGCAAGGUCAUAUGUUCAUGGGUUUGUCGGCUUGUGGACAGUUCCUGCUAAGCUACAAAGUGUGUUCGAGUGAAAGUGCACCAAAUUCCAGCCACUACCCAUUUACCAUAGGUUAUAAAUAUACGCUUUUCUUUUGGAUAUAUCAACCACACAAGCCAUUGAGAGGAUUCUAUAAAUGUUGCCUCUUCGAUGACCAUGGCGUCGACAAUGUCAAAGAGGUUAGCAUGAUUCAAUGGAAGAGUUGUGACCCCCGUAUACUAAUAGUGCAUGGUGCUUCCGAAGAAGAAAAUGAAGACUCUUAUCUAACAUAUAUAAAAGUUCCUAAACUUGGCUGUUUGGAGUGUAGAAAGCAGAGAGAUUACGAGGAGGAAGAAGGAUAUUUUCGUCGCCACAUCCUCUGCAUAAAAUGCAAUCUAACUGUUCACACAAAAUAUUCAACGACUGAAUCAGAUCGUAAAUUCGAUCCAUACUUGCAUCUUAUAUGUCCAGAACGUAUACUAAUAAUAUCAAAUGGAUUCUUCCAUAUGUUACACAUAAGUCUUGAACAACCACCAAAGGAGCAGCAAUCCGCUGCAGUGACUUUACAAAGCCAACAGCAGCAGCAAAAUAUGAUUGCUGUACUAAUGAUGAAACCUCUAUGUACAGGAUCGCCUACACCUACACACCAGUUGAAUGACUUGAGUCCGCAACAGGAAAGACGCCACACGCCAGUCAUAUUUACACCCAACAAUGAUAAUGAUAACUUUAGUGUAGAUAGUCAAACAACAUUUAAUUCACAGAGUAAUGUCGUAAAUCGUAUCAUCGAGGAUUUCGCAGAUAUUGAAACUGACUCCACACAUUCUGGCAGUGGCAUAAUUGCUAUAACCACGCCUCAGGCAUUUGCUUCAGUUGGCUUAAAGUCACCAACUUCAAUAGUAUCAAAUCCCGAUUCACCCGUUUCUCAAGUUACGGUGGGUAGAAAAUCGUGUGAGGAAUUUGUCUUUUCAUGUAGUCCAAACGUUUCUAGUCGUGCAAAUGCCAUCCCAUCCGGAGUGGCUAAUACACCGCCACCACCAUCAAACUCGGCUUCACCGGGAAACGCAAUAAAAACUAACUCGCCCUUAUUUCAGAACGGAGCAAGGCGUAGACAUCGUAUAGUCACUAAAUCGUUCCGCAAAGGAAUUUCAAUGUUUUUUUCAUCGACUGGGAUAACGACAACUCAAACAUCGUCCCCGAAUACUUCAACAGCGUCAGCCAAUGCAUUAACCAGUAAUGACCGAGCAUCAACCUACGAAUUCUGUGAGGAGAAUGAAAAGUGUGAAAAAAUAUCAAUUUUGCGUAAACGAAGACUGGCCGAAAGAAAAUACGAAUUUUCUGAAGAUAACUCGGAGAAUAUUAUCCCCUUCACAAAGACUAGAACAUCGGCAAACAACUCAUUUAGUUCCUUAUUGGGCAACUCGGCUACAGGCAGUCACUCUCCACGCCAUAACCGAACUCAUUUACACAAUAGUUUAUCGCCAUAUGCAUCGCCGUCAUCAUCGCCACAUCCACAUAGUUCGAAUAUAAAUGUCACCAACUAUGGACAUUAUGCCGCACCUUCAGCAUUGUCGCCUUUACGCCAUAGCUGCACUUCACCUUUAGGUUUUCGAUCUCCUCCUUCGACGUCGGGUCUUAUAACGCCCAACAACAAUAGUGUAGCCGCCAAUAUCUCUGGCACAGGUGGAGGAGGAGGCGGAACAGUAAUGCGAUCUCCUAGUCGACAUUUGAUUAGCAAUAAUUUCUAUAACAAUCAUAAGUCACCACCACAUAGUCUUUCGCCCGCUACACAAUAUAUGCUAAGCUUCAAACCUCAUGGUACAUUAUCACCCCUGCAAUUAUCAAUAACUAAAAGAUCACAUUUAGAGAGAGGCGGCUCAAUAUCUCCAAACUAUCAACAUCCUUUCUUAUCACCUCGUCGAGACGAAAUACGAGCAUUUGAAGUUCCAUUGCAAGGUGGGGCAACCGAAAAGCCAGUAUGUACGAAAAAAUUUCAACGGCGUUAUGUGGAGGAGGACGACGCAGCAUCCGUUAUAACAAGCGAAGAGGAUGACUGCAUUUCUCCAGGCUACCAUACACUCUUGCCGGUAGAGGUGCAUGGUUCCUGCUACUCUGAGAUGCAAAUGAUUUCAAAGGCCUCGUUUCAGCAACUACGUUGUACCAGUGUCGUUAUCGAACAGCAUUCAUUUGAUAUGGAAACAUUUACGUAUUAUGUCAUUAGCACAUUGUGCCAAAAAAACCAGAAAACUUACGAUUUCUUUUACGACUGGGCCUACGAGCUAAUAAAUGUUUGUCCUAUAACACAAACUAUAUUUUGUCUACUGAUGGCACAUUUUUCUGCCCGCGAAGAAGUUGCAUCCUGCUUGAAUUGUUCACGCAAGUUGAGCUGUGCCUUCCAUCGUCGCCAAUAUGAAUGCCGGGUGCUAUUUUGUUGGAAUAUGUGCACUGGCGAAUGGGAUGUGUUGGACUUUGGUGAACUGCACGAUCAUAAACUACAAAACAUGUUCAUCAGGAAAGGCGUAAAGCGUAAUCCAGUGUCCUUGGCGCAAAGAGCCAAAAAGUUGGCUCGUGAAAUGGCGCAGACCCUUAACAAAUUACCAGAUUACACAAGCAAUUUACGUGUAUUAGAUUCGAAUAUUAACAAAUCCAAAAAGACUAUAAUUGAUAUUGAUAAUAUGAUUGAAUUCUAUUUGAAGAGGCCACGCUCAAUGAAUUGAACCUGCAUAUGCAUAUAUCUAUAUAUCACUUACAAACACACACACGCUUCAUUACGCAUUGAUAUUUUUGUAUUAGAUUUUUAGUUUCUUAAGUCAUCAUCUGAUUCCACAGAACUCAUAACAUAAUACGUAUAAAUAAAUUUAGUCUGUAAGCUCAUUUUCGUGGCAAUCUAUUCAAAAUUCCUCCACUUCGUGUCAUGGCUAAUGGAUGCCUUUAGCUAUUUAGGUUCGGUUUUAAAUUGAAUACUUUUAGUAAGAUAUUUUUCGGUUUUAGCAAAAAACAGGAAGUUAUACUGCAAUGUCCGUGAAGUAUAUUUUUCCAAAUUGAAAAGCAAUAGUUUAUGUUUUCUAAAUAUGUAAAUUAUUAGUUUGUAUAAGAUUGUUUUAUUUUAGCUUGUUUUAAUUUCCUAUGUAAUAAUCUUUUGAAACAUACAACGAGUGAGAUAUUCCUAUAAUUUUAGCAUUAAACAAUUUGUUGUAUUCAUACGAAAGUGGGUUAAAUAUAUACAAUAAUACGUAUGUCAUUGAACUGCACUGAAAAUAAUGACUACU